UCCUUUUCACCAAGAGAACAGCACAACCAAUGGCUGAUGGGAACUACACAAGAAUCACAGAGUUUAUUUUCGUAGGCCUGAAGUACCAUCCUCGGAUACAAGUCUUCCUUUUCUUGCUCUUCUUACUUUUUUACCUUGUUACUAUGACAGGAAACUUGGGUAUGAUUAUUCUCAUCCAGAUAGAUUCCCGCCUUCACACGCCCAUGUACUUUUUUCUCAGUCACCUGUCCUUUGUGGACAUCUGCUUUUCUUCAGUAGUGGGUCCCAAGAUGCUCACUGACUUCUUCACUGAGAGGAAGGCCAUCUCCUUCCUGGGCUGUGCCUUGCAGCAAUGGUUCUUUGGGUUCUUUGUGGCCAUUGAGUGCCUUCUCCUGGCAUCCAUGGCCUAUGACCGCUAUGUGGCCAUCUGUAACCCGUUAUUAUAUUCCAUCGCCAUGUCACAGAGACUCUGCAUGCAGCUGGUGGUUGGACCCUAUACUGUUGGGUUCCUGAGCACCAUGACUCACACAACAGCUGCUUUCCGACUUCCCUUUUGUCGUUCCAACGUUAUUAAUCAUUUUUUCUGUGACAUGUCCCCCCUUCUUUCUCUGGUAUGUGCUGACACCCGGAUCAAUAAAUUGUUAGUUUUCAUUGUGGCUGGGGCCGUACUGGUGGUCAGUAGUCUGACCAUUAUAAUCUCCUAUUUUUACAUUCUCGCUGCCAUCCUGAGGAUCCGCUCUGGCGAUGGGAGGCGCAAAGCCUUUUCCACCUGCUCCUCCCAUCUGACAGCAGUGUCCCUCUUAUACGGGACCCUCUUCUUUAUCUAUGUGCGACCAGGUGCAAUUUUUUCUCUGGACAUCAAUAAAGUGGUGUCGGUGUUCUACACAGCGGUGAUCCCCAUGUUGAAUCCUCUCAUCUACAGCUUGAGAAAUAAAGAAGUGAAAGCUGCCAUGCACAGAACGGUUGUCAGGGGGAAGUUUUGCAUCAGAAGUUAA